AUGGCGCCACCAGGCUCGGCACAUCCCAACCUCACCGUCGGGGGCCUGCUGGCGGCGGGAGGUCUUGAGACGGCUGAAGCAGGGCGAAACAAUUCGGGCUUCUGCUUGGGAGCGUCCUUCUUCUUUUCGCUGGGGCAGAGGUACCUGCAUCCAUCCUGCUCGGCAGAGCCUCUCCAGAGCUUUCUUCAGGAGUGGCAGAAGAAGACAGAGUGCUGGCUCUGUGACAACCAGCGGCUGGUGCUCGCCAGCAGAGAGGUCUUGAAGGACUUCCUCAACAUGGAACGGCCAGUGAAUCUGGAGGCCGGCCGGCAUCCGCUGGAGACUUGUUUGAGCGGGUACCUCUUGGCCUUCUUCGCAAGCACCCGCAGCCAGUCCGUGCAGCCCUGGUCCUUCUACGAAACUGGACUGUCCAUCAUCAGCAGCUGCGCCUUUGAUGAGGCACAGUUUUUCGCUCACUUCCGCAUCACCACUGCGCAGAUCGCCUAUACCUUCUACGUCUUGGGCCUGCCAUACCAUCUGCCCUCUUCGGUGCUGCAGCUGCAGGACGCGGAGUUGGGCGCGGUGAGGACGGCUCCUCCCUGGGGGCUUCCGCGCCUGGAGGACGCGCCGUUGGUCAUCGACAUUGGUAUGGGUUUGGGUGCAGACUCGCGCUACUUCCUGUCCCAGGGCUUCCGGGUCUUGGCGGUGGAGGCCAAUUACAAGGCCAUCGAGGUUGCUAUGGCAGUGGAUUGGGUCAAGCCCUUGGUGCUCGAGGGCCGGCUCACCUUCCUCCACGCGGCCAUUGCUCCGCCGGGGAAGGGCGGGCAACGGACCACCAUCUUCGCCUUUGAAGACCGCCCCGAGCAGAGCAACGCCCAAAGUUGGGUCAAGGACUUCGGCGGCGUGGCCGAGUCCGUGCGCACCGUGGAGUGCGGGGACCUGCUGCGAACCUUCGGGGAGGCUGUCUACAUGAAGAUCGAUGUGGAGUCCAGCACCAUCGACUGCUUGGAGUCCUUGGCGGAAUCCAAACGGCACGGCAGGGAGUUGGCGCUGCCCAAGUUCAUCUCCAUGGAGCUUGAGGCCGCCUCUCUCUUCGAGCGCUUUCUGGAGAUCCUGCAAGAGCUCGGCUAUCUUUUCUACAAGGCUUGUCGACAGUAUGUCUACUCUCCCGCGCCUUGUGAGCAGGGCCGCUACAGUCGAGAGGUGCCUGGCUGCGGCUCGGGGCCCUUCGGCCUGGCCGCCUCCGACUACCGUCGAGGCGUGAGCUGGAGCCCGCUGGCGCAGCUGGCCGCGGACCGGCGCUGGGUGGAGGAGUUCGAGCAGGGCCUGGACUGGUUCGACCUGCACGCCAUGCGAGCCUGA